CCAUGAUGAACGCGAAUGAAAAGUGCAAAGCAGCAAUCACGAGCCUCCCUCUCAACCCAGCUCCAACCCUGCAAGCCAUGCUUGAGGUCUGCGCCAAGAAGGUCUCUGUCAUAUCCACAGACUCUGACAGCAGGUCGAGACCACCGAAGAGGGUUGCCAUGGCAAAGGCAUCUGGACCGAUGUCUUCCAGUCAGCAGCAGAAUGCCCCGAGGCCACGGAAGAAACCGGUUGCAGCUGACAGAACCACUCCACCUGAGAGACAGUGAUUGGCACUUUGCUUCGGUGAACAAUGAGGAACGAGGUACUUGGCACCGGAUCCGCAGUAAGUAUGUUGUCCUUGGGGACACCAGACACACACCACAAGAGAUCAGGAUCCUCCCGGGUCCCAUAGCAUCAGACCCUGGGCGGCUUGCUCCCUGGCUGCACUGUGUUCACCCACCCAUCUUCCUACCCAAAGACCAAAUAAUAGCUCAGGUCAUCCCAGUGGCUGAGCCACCAUGGGAUCAAGAUCAGGCAGCUCUGACCAGAAGAACUCUCCCAAUAAUUUGGUGGUCAAAGGUGCUGGGAAAUGAAAAACCAAAAAUCUGGUGUGGGGUUCACCAGGGUGGGGAACAAAAACACCUGAAAGGACUUCUGGAUACCGGGGCAGAUGUGAUGAUCAUUCCCUCUAGGGAGUGGCUGUUGCACUGGGAACGGCACAGCAUGGCAGGACAUAUUCAAGAUUAUACAGAACCCUUGUGGGGGAGAGACCUGAUGGCCCAGUGGAGGGGUCACAACUGACAUCCCAGAAACCCCCCAGGUUUUUUGGGCAGCAGCCACUGAAAAGUGCCCUACCCAAAACUGAAUUGGAAAACAGAUUCACCAGUCUGGGUAGAGCAGUGGUCGCUCAGUAAAGAAAAAUUGAAGGCACUGGAGGAGCUCGUAGAAGAGCAACUCACCAAGGGAAACGUCGUGGAGACCAUGAGUCCAUGGA